GGUGGGGUGACGUGCAGACGGAGCGACGCUACUUGUCUGCUGAACAGUGAGCAAUCAAAAGGUGAAAACGCAACGAAAACGACCGCAAACAGGAGCAGUGGGCGCCACUAUGCUGGCCCUUGGGGGGCUGCACAUCCUGCGGCAUUCCGUCAGAGCGUCCUGCGGCUCGGCCUUCCUCAGGAAGUAUCCUCGUCCUCCCGCUAGUUGCUCAGCUCCCCGCCAUCUGUCCUCCGGGGGCGCAGAUCCCGGAUGGUACCAGCAGGCGGCGCACUCGGCUCCCGUGCACCUGGCUGAAGACUUCCUGGUCCAGGUUCAACAGACCAGCGGUCUUCCCUGGUGGAUUGCCAUCGCCGUCAGCACCCUGAGCGUCAGGACGCUCAUCACGCUGCCCCUUGCCGCCUACCAGAUGCGUCUCCUCGCCAAGGUGGAGGCCCUGCAGACUGAGAUCGCGGCGCUGGCCAAGAGGCUGAGGUACGAAGUGUCCAUCAGGGCUGAGGAGCGAGGAUGGACGGACAAGCAGAGUCGGUUUCAGUUCCGGAAGAAUCUGCGGCGUUUGGUGUCUCAGUUGUACGUGAGGGACAACUGUCACCCUUUGAAGGCAUCUCUGCUGGUUUGGGUUCAGCUUCCGCUUUGGAUCAGCCUGUCCCUCGCCCUGAGGAACCUCAGCAACCAAGACUCGCCGCUGCAGGCCUGCUUGGCCACCGGGGGCGCUCUGUGGUUCCCCGACCUGACGUCGUCUGACUCCACGUGGCUCCUCCCACUCGCUCUUGGUCUGACCAAUCUGCUCAUCGUGGAGGUGUUUUCCCUGCAGAGGUCCAACCCAUCGUCCGUCCACAAGUUGCUGACGAACGCCAUGCGAGGUUUGUCACUUCUGAUGAUUCCGAUCGCCGCCAACGUCCCGUCGUCGAUGGCGCUCUACUGGUUGUGCUCCAGCCUGGUGGGCUUGGGUCACAAUCUUCUGCUCCGCGCUCCCGCUCUCCACAAGAUCCUCAAACUUCCCACGCGGCGCUCCGAUACGCCCUACAAAGACCUGAUGGACGCCGUCAGCAGGAAGUACCGCAAGUAAACAGGAAGUUGUCGGCGGCCGGACAGGAAGCGACACCGAAAUCCAGGAGCUGGUCCGGGGGCCUGCGGGUCCGGGUUCGU